AUGUCCUAUAAUCCAAAAGUACAAGGUUGGUCAAUUAGUUCAUUCACUUUGAAUGUUGUCGUCGUUGGUGGAUUUACCCAUUCCUCUGAUUCUAUCAUUUUUGACGGUCAAAGUAACUUUGAACAAUCACUCUAUGAUCUGUUAAGUAUCAGUUUAACCCAAUCAUUUGUAAUGAUUAAAGGAGUAACGGUUUCAGGAACCUCUCGACAGAUAGAACAUUCACUAUCACCUCUCUUUGACUUAAAAGUUGAAUUGAUGGGUGGUUAA